UAUAGUCAAUUCUAGCUCUAGAGCAUUCCAAAACAAGAAUUCAUUAUUGAUGCGUGAUCCAGUGUCAGAUCUGAAAAUGACGGACACUAAAAACGAUAAAACGAAAGUAGAUCUGGGAUUAUUAGAGGAAGACGAUGAGUUUGAAGAGUUUCCUGCGGAAGAUUGGACUGCGGUAGACGAAGACAAUGAAGAUAUUAGCGUUUGGGAAGAUAAUUGGGACGACGACGAUGUAGAAGAUGAUUUUAAUCAACAAUUAAGGGCACAAUUAGAGAAACAAAAGGCUCAGAAUGAACAGGGGAAGGAAAAUUAACAAACUUAUUAAAUUAUGAAUCAGAUGUGUUUAAUCAUAAGAAUAAAUAUGCAUUAGAUUAUUACAACUUUGUAUACAUUUAAAUUUCAUAUGUAUCGAUAGACUUUUAUUAAUUGUGAAAUAUAAUAGUUUUUCAUAAA